UAGCGCGUGGGGGUUUAAGAUUCUGUUUUUUUGUGUUUUUGUUUUUUUCAGCUAAAAAUGUCAUCUCAGAUUGAUGAAUUUAAAAUAUUGAUAGCAUCGGAUUGUCAUUUAGGACAUAAUGAAAAACAUCCCAUUCUUGGUAAUGAUUCAUUUCGAACAUUUGAAGAAGUUUUACAAGCAGCUGUUCGUAUGGAUGUUGAUUUUAUUCUAUUAGCCGGUGAUUUAUUCGAUGUAAAUAAACCAUCCGUACGAACAAUGCGUCGUACAAUGUCAUUAUUGAGAAAAUAUUGUUUCGGUGGUGAUGGUAGACAAAAAUUUUUGGUUAAAAAUUUUAAAAAUGCUAAUUGUAUUGAUCCAAAUUUAAAAGUAAAAUAUCCAUUAUUCACUAUACAUGGUAAUCAUGAUGAUCCUAUCGGUAUGGAUUGUUCAUGUUGUUUGGAUUUAUUUUCAGCAUCCGGAUUAAUAAAUUAUUUUGGUAAACAAGAUAAUGUAGAAGAAUUAGUUGUCAAGCCAAUUAUUUUUGAAAAAAAUGAUACAAAAAUUAUCGUAUAUGGAUUUGGAUCUAUGCGUGAAGAACGAUUACAAACAUUAAUACAAAAUGAACGAUUUAAUUUUCUUACACCGGAUUUUGAUGAUAAUGAUUCACAAGAAGAAUUGAAAAAAUAUCUAAAAAUUUUACUUGUUCAUCAGAAUCGUGUUCCACGACCUGGAACCAAACAUCUUAAUCCAUAUGAUUUAACAUCAUUACCGGAUUUUGUUAUUUGGGGUCAUGAACAUCGUGCUUAUAAAGAACCAGAAUAUUUUGAACAAAAUAAAUUUUUUAUCUUACAACCCGGUUCCACUGUAGCUACAUCACUUUGUGAAGCUGAACAUGGUGAUAAAUAUUAUUAUCUAAUGAGAUGUCAUUUUGAUCGUCAACGUCAAAAACCUCGAUUUAAAAUUGAAUCUUAUCGUUGUGAAACUGUUCGUCCGUUUGUAAUGACAACAAUCGAUGUUGAUAGCCUAUUGACCAAAAAUAAUUCAUUCAAAUCUUUACAUGAACAACAACAAUUUUUGUUUUCAUUUUGCAAAAAUCAGGUACAAACAAUGCUUACCGAAGCUCGUAGUCAAUCAACAUUGAUUAAUGAUGAUGGUAGUGAUGAAAAACCAUUGAUUCGUCUUCGUGUUGAAUAUAGUGAUAAAGAUCGUUUGUUUGAUCGUCGAAAAUUGGAAUUUCAUGUAACAAAAUUGGUUGCCAAUAAUAAUGAUGUUGUACGUUUUAUUCGUAAACGUUCUAGCAUAGCGGGUAAUUCAGAUUCAAAUUCAGCCGGUUUUUAUGAUGACGAUGAUGAUGAUGAUGGUGGUGAUAAUGUUUAUGAUUUUAUCGAUGCUAUACGUGCAGUUGUUGUAUCAAAAAGAUAUCAUCUUCAAACAAUGUUGUUGAAACAUUUUGAUGAAGCUAAUGAUCGUAAACGUUUAUCAAUGUUGGAUGAAAAAUUUUUCAUUGAUAAAUUAGAAACAUUUACUGAAAAAAAUCAAACCGAUUGUUUUAGAGAUUUUACUGGAAAUACUAAACAAGCUAUGCGUUUUAUAAUCGGUUCCGGUAUUGGUGAUAAUGAAAAUUUUGAACUUGAUGAUCUUAAAAAAGAAAUUCGAUCAAUUAAACAGAAAAUUGUUAAUGAUCAAGAUUAUCGACAACGAUUUGAAUGGAUUAUUCGUGAACCAUUUGUCAAGCGACCAUCAAGUUUAUUGCAACAAAAAUUAUCAAAUUCUUCGGUCACGAGAAAAAAUCAAUCAUCAAAUAAUGGAAAUGAUUCGAAAAUGGCGGAUCCAUUUUAUGAAGAUGAUAUCGAUAUGUUCGAUGUGAAUCAAAUUGAUGAUAAUGAAGAAGAAGAAGAAGAUGAUGAUGAAAAGUUCAUAGCAUCAACUUCUCGUGGUCGUCAAAAUCGUCGUGAACAACAACAACAACAUACAUUAAAAACAUCUGCAACAUUUUUCGAUAUGGAAAAUUUCGAUAGUAAUGAUGAUCCAAAACUCACUGGAAAAUUACCAGCAAAGAAAAAACCUAAAUUAACCAAAACUGUUGCCAUUGAAGAUUCGGAUGAUUCAGAUUUUGGUUCGAUUGAAACAUCAACCAAAACUAUCAACAAAGGUCGAGGACGUGGUCGUGGUCGUGGCCGACCACCUACAAAAAGAUAAAAAAGAAACAAAUGUAUAAUUUUUAAA